UAUAAAUUGAGUCACAUUAAAUUGUUGUUUUAAUUUUUUUUUAUUGCUUCUUGUGUGGGAUUGUAGUGCUAUAAAAUUCCCAACAAUUAGAUGCAUUCGUUUAGUACGAUUAAGCCAUACCUUACCGUCAUUCUCUUGCAACUUGGCGCUGCCGGGUUGGAUAUCCUGUCCAAGGCCGCACUGAACCAGGGGAUGAGCAACUAUGUGCUUGUUGUCUACCGCAACGCAGUUGCCACCAUUGUUGCGGCUCCUUUCGCUGUCAUUUUUGACAAGAAAGUACGGCCAAAGAUGACAGUUGCAGUCUUCACCAAGAUAAUGGUGCUCGCCUUAUUGGAGCCGGCGAUUGACCAAAACUUGUAUUAUUUGGGGAUGAAGUAUACAACGGCAACCUUUGUGACUGCUUUGUACAAUAUUGUCCCGCCUUCACCCUUCUCUUGGCUUGGAUAUUUAAGUGAGAGAAUGAUGAUCAAGUCAAUCCACAGCCAUGCUAAGGUAAUCGGGACGAUAUUAACAGUUACUGGAGCAAUGGUGAUGACACUGAUGAGAGGACCAAUGAUCCCAUUAAGUUGGACAGGAAGACCCACAACACAUGAGCAAGCAACAAAUGGGACGGAUGUCCAUAGUUCAAUCAAGGGUGGUCUAAUGGCCGUCGCUGGCUGCUUCUGUUCUGCUUGUUUCAUGAUCCUACAGGCAGUGACACUAAAAACGUAUUCGGCAGCGCUCUCUCUCACUGCCUGGGUAUGUCUUUUGGGCACGAUUGAGGGAUCCAUUGUGGCCUUGGUUAUGGAAAGGGGUAAAGCCUCUGUGUGGGCUAUUAAAUGGGAUACCAAUUUACUCAUAGCAACUUACAGUGGAGUAAUAAGUUCUGGACUGACUUAUUACAUUCAAGGAAUAAUAAUGAAAGAUCGGGGGCCGGUUUUUGUAACGGCUUUUAGUCCCCUAUGCAUGGUUAUUGUUGCUGUCAUGUCAUCCUUUAUUUUCGCUGAACAAAUGUUCCUGGGGAGGGUGACUGGUGCCAUAAUCAUCAUUGUGGGGCUGUAUCUUGUGCUGUGGGGUAAAAGAAAAGAUUACAGAUUCUCAUCCCCAUCAAUGGAAGAGGAAAUACAAGCAUCUGAACAAAAACAGGGAAAUGGUCUGAUCAUGAAGGCAUCAACAUUGAUGAGUUGAGUGAAGUAAGCGCAUGCAGAGACAGAAAAACACAGGACAAUGAGAAUCCCAAUUAAUAUUAUCUAGCAGCGAAUUCCGGUGACAAGAGAGAUUAAACUUAAUAUGAGAGCAAUGGUUGUAGACUCUUUUCAUGCAUCCAUUUGUUUAAUGUUAUGUAUUAUUAGAUGACAAAGAUAAGAAAGUCUCCGUUUUUAU